UUCACAAGCAGCAUGGAGAAUGGGAGGGACCAAUUCCCAUUUCCAUACCAGCCCUAUAACAUCCAGCAGCAGUUUAUGGAAGCCCUAUACAGUGCACUGCACCAGGGGAAAGUUGGCAUCUUUGAAAGUCCAACUGGAACGGGCAAGUCUCUGAGUCUGAUAUGUGGAGCGCUGAGCUGGCUCACAGACCAUGAGGAGAAGAGGAACAAGGAGGCGGCUGCUCUGCUGCAGGAAGGAGAAGCCGCUCUUGUCUCUCCUACCGCCGAGUCCUCCACUACCAGCUCCUCAGCAGAGCCCGACUGGAUCACUGAUUUCGUCCAAAAGAAGGCGGAACGAGAUCUGGUGUCAAAACUGAAGGAGGAAGAACUGAAAAGAAAGAAACGGGAAGAACGAUUAGAAAUGAUCAGGAACAACGUUCAGCUUAAGUAUGCUAUGAAAAGAAAAAGCUGCGAAGAUGACGAGGCAGAGAAAUUGCUGAAGCUCAGCAAAGAAGAGCAAACGGAGACGCAGGGGGAUCGAGAGGACGAGGAGCUUAUCGUUGCAGAGUAUGAGAGUGAUGACGAAUCAAAGACCAAGAGCAGAGUUAAUGUUGCUGAGGAUGACGCAGACGAUGAACUGGUGGAAGAGCAUGUUGCAAAGAUUUACUACUGCAGCCGCACUCACUCCCAGCUGGCCCAGUUUGUCCAUGAGGUCCAGAAAAGCCCCUUCAGCAAGGACAUCAGUGUGGUCACACUGGGCUCACGCCAGAAUCUUUGCAUCAACGAGGAGGUGCUUCGCCUGGGCAGCAUCCAGCGCAUAAACGACCGCUGCAUGGAGAUGCAGAAAAACAAACACGAGAAGCAGCAUCAGGAAGACGGUGCAAAGCGUAAGCGAGGCCCGGCGAAGAGUGUGUGUCCCUUCAACAAAGCUUCAGCGAUGCAGCAGAUGAGGGAUGACAUCCUGGGUUCAGUCCAUGACAUCGAGCAGCUGCUGAAACUAGGCAGACAAACGCACUCCUGUCCGUACUACUCCACACGUCUCGCCAUCCCCCCUGUUUAGUUGGUGGUGUUGCCCUAUCAGAUGGUACUCCAUGAAGCUACAAGAAAAGCAGCAGGGAUCCAGCUAAAGGGACAGGUGCUGAUCAUAGAUGAAGCUCAUAACCUCAGUGACACACUGUCUUGUAUACACUCUGCAGAGCUCAAUGGAGCGCAGCUUUGCCGUGCCCACUCUCAGCUCACGCAGUAUGCAGACCGCUACAGGAGCAGGCUGAAGGCAAAGAACUUGAUGUACAUCAAACAGAUCCUGUUUGUGAUUGAGGGACUCGUCCGUGUGCUGGGAGGUAAGGUCGGCCAAAAUCCUCACACCCAGACCACACAAACAGGAACUGAAAUGCUAACUAUAAAUAACUUCCUCUUCAAGGCUCAAAUUGACAACAUCAACUUGUUCAAGUUACAGAGAUACUUUGAGAAGAGCCUAAUCAGCAGAAAACUUGUCAGCUUUGUUGAGAAGUAUGCAGGAUCGGGAGUUAGUCUGCACACUCAGAGCAGCUCCAACAAGGAGAACCGACGCACAGAGGGAUUAAACCGCUACCUUCAGACUCUACAGAGCAGCCAGAGCGCUUCACCAGUUCCUUCAGCAGACCAGCAGGGGUCAGCAGAGGCAGAGAAAGUGCUGUCUGCGUCUCCCAUGAUGCAGGUCGAAGGCUUCUUUAUGGCUCUGACAAACAGCAACGCAGAUGGCAGAGUGGUGGUGCAAAGACAAGGUGCUUUAUCAGACAGUAGUGUCAAGUUCCUGCUGUUGAAUCCAGCGGUCCACUUUGCCCAGGUGCUGAGCGAGUGCAGAGCAGUCAUCAUCGCAGGAGGCACCAUGCAGCCAGUUUUAGACUUCAAACAAGAGCUGCUGUUUUCUGCAGGAGUGGGAGAGGAGCGCAUCGCCGAGUUUUCCUGUGGUCAUGUUAUUCCUCCUGAGAACAUUCUCCCCAUCGUCUUGUGCAGCGGUCCGUCGGGUCAGGAGCUGGACUUCACUUUUCAGAACAGGGACUCUCCACGCAUGAUGGAUGAGACGGGGCGUAUUCUCUCCAACAUCUGUAACGUGGUCCCGGGCGGAGUCGUGUGCUUCUUCCCUUCUUACGAGUACUCGAGACGGAUCAUUUCUCACUGGGAGGCCAGCGGAGCACUCACUCGUCUGGCUAACAAAAAGAAGAUAUUCCAAGAGCCAAAGAAAGCUAACCAGGUCGAACAGGUGCUGAGCGAGUUCUCCCGCUGCAUUCAGAGGUGCGCUCUGGACAGCAGCGGGCUCACCGGAGCGUUGUUGUUCUCUGUGGUCGGAGGAAAGAUGAGCGAGGGCAUCAAUUUCUCUGAUGAUCUCGGAAGGUGUGUGGUGAUGGUGGGAAUGCCGUAUCCCAACAUCAAAUCUCCAGAGCUGCAGGAGAAGAUGUCUUAUCUGGACAAACACCUGUCUCACAGUGGAGGGAGGAGCCCUGGACAGGCGCUAAUAGAAAACCUGUGCAUGAAGGCUGUCAAUCAAUCCAUAGGAAGAGCUAUCCGUCACCGUGGCGACUAUUCCUCCAUGGUGCUGUGUGACAAACGUUAUUCUCGACCCGCUACGCUCGCUAAACUUCCCGCGUGGAUCAAAGAUCGCACCAGCACACACGCCUCGUUUGGCUCUGCUUUCGCUGCCCUACGGAAGUUCUUCCUGGAGAAGAAGCAGAAGCAAGUGUAGUUUCAACGUAACUACUGAGUUGAUGAAGAACGUCGGGAGAAAACCAGCGCAACAGCAUUCAGUCUGCACGUUCAGCAACCUCAGAAAUGAAACAUGUUCUAA